AAAGAAUGUUGCGUGGUUUCAAAUGUUUGUUUACGCUCAACCCUCCCUUGACCUUUCAAAAAGAUGUUACAACAUAACAAAAUACAGUUGGUAAUGACUUGACUCAUCAUAUUGGCACAUAGCAAACAAACAUAAAGGCACAAGAUAAAAACACACGAACUGAAUCAAUAAAACAAUUUUUCAAACUGGUUUUUAAUGACUUUGGCCAGGUGAAUAUCCGGAGCUAGACAUUGUAUAACUUAUCCAUGUAUUUUUAAAACACGACAGGUGUCAAAUGCGGAGAGUCAAAUUAUUGUAAUUUUUAUUAUGGCCAAUGGAACAUAAUGCAUUAUAAUUAUCAGCAGCGCGACGUCAUCAGUAUUGGACAUGUUAAAUUAUUUGUAUAAGGACUAUUACGAUAAUGAUAUUUAAUACUCCACUUUAAAAAAGAUUCUUCGACUCGAUGUAAUCUUCUGACGAACAAUUUGUCUUGUUAUGUUUCAGUACAAUACAGACCAUAAAAUUUGUUAAGCAAACAAGUGAAAAAAUGAUACCAGUAUGGGUUCUGCUACCACUUCUUCUUUCAAGAAACGGGAUCGCUGAAGUGUGUUCCAAUCAACCAGCAGAUAUUGGAUUUCUAAUUGACGAAUCAGGAAGUGUCGGUGCAGCUAACUUUCAGAAAAAUCUCGAUUUCGUUAAACAAUUUGUAGAUGUGUUUGAUAUAGGGAACACAGCUGUAAAAAUUAGUACAUUUGCGUUCCAUACAUUAAUGGGAAAGGGUUUUCACUUUAGUUGCUGUAAUGAUAAAUCAAGCAUUAAAUCGAAUGUAGACAAGAUAAGCUACCAUAGUGGUAGUCAAGAUUUUGAAAUGGCGUUGAGCUUCUCUAAAAAUAGCAUGUUUCAAAGCGUUAAUGGAGCACGAGACUUCUCACUUAAAAUUUUGAUGUUUUUUACCGACGGUCAGUCCACUGUUCAAGAUGGUGGAAGCUUGCUUCAUCAGCUUGGAAUAAUUGUGUACGCAGUAGGUGUUGGAAAUGGUGUGAACAGAAACCAACUGGAUAAGAUAGCAACAAAUCAGAGUUAUGUUUUUAUGGUGUCCAGCUAUGCUGACUUGGUAGGUCAAGUAUACAAUGACAUAAAAUCUAAAACGUGCACUGAUGUGUUGACAAAUCCAUGUCAACGAAGUCCACAGCCAUGUCAAAACCAAGGUACAUGCAUCUGGACUGGUGGAUCUAAGUACACGUGUUUGUGUCUAGACGGCUUCACAGGUCAUAACUGUCAAACAGAUAUAGAUUACUGUGUUGGUGUCACGUGUCACAAUGGCGGGACAUGCAUCGAUGGAUUGAUGAGUUUUAUAUGUAACUGUGCAGAUUAUUACACAGGAAAAUAUUGUGAAAUAGACUUGUGCAAGCCUUAUCCAACUGAUGUAGUAUUUGUAGUCGACAGUUCUUACAGUUGUUCUCAAGGAUAUUUCAACAUUACAAAGAACUUUAUUAAAUUUGUUACUAAAGAAUGGGAGAUAACUCUAAACAAUUUCCAGGUAGCCAUUAUCUCCUAUGCAGAUAAUUCAUACAUUGAGCUGAACUUUGACAGUUCAAUGAAUAACAUCAAAUUCGAUGAUUUUGUUACUCAGAUGAAUCCUAGAGGCGGAAUAUCUGAAAUUCACAGGGCCUCAACCAUGCUGUAAAUAUCUUGUAUAACAGAAAUCGUGUUGUAUCAAGCAGUCAGGUGAAAAAGUAUAUAAUUCUUUUAUCGGACGGACUGCCAUCUACUCCGAGCUUGAUAUCGACGGUUAGUGGAUAUGAAAUAGAAACGCUAGCAGUGGCUGUGGGGGAAGAUGUGUCCCAUCAUUUCCUGUCUGUUAUUGUUGGAGGAAGUGAAAAAUUAUUCCCGUACAAUAAUGACCGAUUGUGGCACUACUUGAUGA